ACCCAUUCACUCACUCAUCUCAAGGCCUAGGUAGCACCGUAGCAGCUACUAGAAGCAGCUAGCCAGAACAACUCGUCCAUGGCGAUGGCCUCCGCGGCUUGCUCAUGCACGGACGGCACGUGGUGGGUGUACGCGCUCCCGGCGCUGCUCGGCUCCGACACCCUGUGCGCCCACCCGGCCCUCCUGGCUGGCCUGAUCUUUCUGGCCACCGUCUCGGUGGCUCUGCUGGCGUGGGCCACGUCGCCGGGCGGUCCGGCGUGGACGAACGGCCGCGGCCGCCUCGGCGUCACUCCUAUCGUGGGACCCCGUGGUCUGCCCGUGUUCGGCAGCAUCUUCGCGCUGUCCCGCGGGCUGCCGCACCGCGCCCUCGCCGAGAUGGCCCGCGCCGCAGGGCCCCGGGCCAAGGAGCUCAUGGCGUUCUCCGUCGGUGACACGCCCGCGGUCGUGUCGUCCUGCCCGGCCACGGCACGUGAGGUGCUCGCGCACCCGUCAUUCGCCGACCGCCCUGUGAAGCGGUCGGCCCGGGAGCUCAUGUUCGCGCGUGCCAUCGGGUUCGCGCCCAACGGCGAGUACUGGCGCCGCCUCCGCCGCGUCGCGUCCACGCACCUAUUCUCCCCGCGCCGGGUCGCCUCGCACGAGCCGGGACGCCAAGGUGACGCGGAGGCCAUGCUCCGCUCCAUCGCCGCCGAACAGUCGGCCUCUGGCGCCGUCGCCCUCCGCCCGCACCUCCAGGCCGCCGCUCUCAACAACAUCAUGGGCAGCGUCUUCGGCACGCGGUACGACGUCACAUCAGGCGCCGGCGCCGCGGAGGCCGAGCAUCUCAAGAGCAUGGUGCGCGAGGGGUUCGAGCUCCUCGGCGCCUUCAACUGGUCCGACCACCUCCCCUGGCUCGCCCACCUGUACGACCCAAGCAACGUCACCCGCCGGUGCGCCGCGCUCGUGCCGCGCGUCCAGACCUUCGUCCGUGGCGUCAUCGACGAGCACCGGCGCCGCCGCCAAAACUCCGCCGCCCUCAACGACAAUGCUGACUUCGUCGACGUGCUCCUCUCCCUCGAGGGUGACGAGAAGCUCGGCGACGACGACAUGGUCGCCAUCCUCUGGGAGAUGGUCUUCCGCGGUACGGACACGACGGCGCUUCUGACCGAGUGGUGCAUGGCGGAGCUGGUGCGCCACCCGGCGGUGCAGGCGAGGGUGCGCGCCGAGGUCGACGCGGCUGUCGGUGCCGGAGGUUGCCCCACCGACGCCGACGUGGCGCGCAUGCCGUACCUGCAGGCGGUUGUGAAGGAGACGCUGCGCGCCCACCCGCCUGGCCCGCUGCUGAGCUGGGCUCGCCUCGCCACCGCCGACGUGCCACUCUGCAACGGCAUGGUGGUCCCGGCUGGCACCACGGCGAUGGUGAAUAUGUGGGCCAUAACCCACGAUGCCGCCGUGUGGGCCGACCCGGACGCGUUCGCGCCGGAGCGGUUCCUGCCCUCCGAGGGCGGCGCCGACGUGGACGUCCGCGGCGUCGACCUCCGCCUGGCCCCGUUCGGCGCCGGGCGUCGCGUCUGCCCCGGCAAGAACCUGGGCCUCACCACCGUGGGCCUCUGGGUUGCCCGCCUCGUGCACGCCUUCCAGUGGGCCCUGCCUGACGGCGCGGCGGCCGUUUGCCUCGACGAGGUCCUCAAGCUCUCCCUGGAGAUGAAGACGCCGCUCGUCGCCGCAGCCAUCCCCCGCACCGCCUGAUCCGUCCUGCCGCCGACGCGUCACGUCACGCGUUGUUUGCAUGGAUGAUGGUAUCUUUGUCUGUCUGUGUGGUCUUCGCUAAAGUUUGCUUCUUCUCGAUCGUCGGUUCGUUCGUGCCUCCACCUUAGCCUAGGGUUUGGUUUCUUGCAAGGUAGUGAGUGUGUCUUAGUCUCACCAUCACCGGGGCUCCAAUUUUGGAAAGCUGCGUGUUAGGAGUUAACCCCUAGACAUGUUUGCGUCUUGAUCGCCACCACCCAUCAGUAUCAGCGCAGAAACUACAUAUAGAUCAGUGUUUGUCGACCAGUCAUGGAAGUCGUGUGCUCUCAAGUCUGAUGUAUUAUAUACAUAUAUAUGUAUUGUAAUGUGAUUAUC